AAAACCGCCUCACCUGAUUGGCUCUCCGUCUUGUAACGUGUCAUAAACAGUGCAGUGCGGAUGGUGGAAGUAAUUCUGUGUUUAAAACCUUUGAUAUUAAAUAAAAAUGAAGGGAUGAAGUUUUAAAGCUGCUCGAUUUGAAAAAGGGAACAAAAAAUGGAGAACAUUCAAAGUCUUCCUAUCGACAUCCAGACCAGCAAACUUUUAGACUGGCUCGUGGACCGACGUCACUGUAACCUGAAGUGGCAAAAUGAAGUCAAAGUCAUCAGAGAGAAGAUCAACGGCGCCAUCCAGGACAUGCCAGAGAACGAGGAGAUCAAGCAGCUUCUCUCCGGCUCCUACAUUCACUACUUUCACUGCUUGAGGAUAGUGGAGAUACUGAGGGGAACUGAAGCUUCCUCCAAGAACAUCUUUGGCAGAUAUUCAUCUCAGAGGAUGAAGGACUGGCAAGAGAUCAUCUCUCUGUAUGAAGCUGAUAAUGUUUAUUUGGCGGAGUUAUCCAGCCUGCUGAGUCGUAACGUGAGCUACGAAGGCCCGGCUGUGAGGAAACAGCUGGCUAAAGCUCAGCAGCUGCAGCAGGAGCUGAGCAGGCGGGAGGUGGAGUGUCAGAGCUCGGCUACAGACCUGAGGGGACGCUACUACACUGCCUGCAAACAGUACGGCAUUAAAGGAGAUAAUGUUCCUCGAGAGCUUCAGGCUCUGGUCAAAGAUUUACCGGCGGUUCUUGACGAGGUCGGGAAGGAUGCAGCAAAGCUAGAGGAGCAAAUCCAACUUUACACCGCCUUCACAAACUUUGUAUGUGAGUGGUCUGAACCGGUCCUCCCGAUGCUCACGUUCGUCCAGAAGAAAGGGAACAUGACGUUUUACGAGUGGAGGACGGGGAAAGUCCCUGACGUCGUUGAGAGGGCGGUUGUGGAGGAAGCUCCUCCUGAGACCAUCACAGAAGAUGCAAUCGACUGGGGGGAUUUCGGUAAAGGAGCAGACACUCAGGUUGUUGUUGCUGAGGAGGGAAUCGACUGGGGCAUCAGCCUGGAGCCGAGCUCUGAGGACGCUGCUGCUGAUGGCAUCGACUGGGGCGAUGGUGAAGCAGCUCCCAUAGAAAUUGAAAUAGUGGAUGCAGGCACAGACUGUCCUGACGGCGUGGCACGAGGAGAGGAUGCUUUGAGUAUCCUGGAGAACUCUCAGUCACGCAGCCUGUUCAUCGAUGAGCUCAUGGAGCUGGAAGUGUUUCUGACCCAGCGAAUAACUGAGAUGGGAGAGGAGGGAGACGUGGUAGCCAUGAGCCAGUUCCAGCUGGCCCCCUCUGUCAUCCAAGGCCAAACCCGUGAACAUGUCAGGGGGAUGCUGUCAGAGGUGCAGGACCUCCUGGGCCGGCUCACCUCUCUUCGAAUGCAACACCUGUUCAUGAUCCAUGCCUCUCCACGGUAUGUUGAACGUGUGUCUGAGGUGCUCAGACAGAAGCUGAAGCAGGCAGACAUUCUGGUCCUCAAAGGCGCCACAAUGGUUGAGAAAAGGCAGGAGGCUCUGGUGGAGCAGUCCAGACUAGAGCCUCGUGUUGACCUGCUGGCAGGAUGCACCCGGGAACUCCAGAAACUGAUUGAAGUCGACAUUUCAAAGAAAUACCACAAAAGACCCGUCAACCUAAUGGGAGUGAACAUAUAGAGAACGUAACAGAGUAAAAGUAUUUUCAUGAUCAACAAUAAACAAAAGUGGUGUUUAAUUUAAA